AUGACCUCAUACUGGAAUCGAUCCACCACUAUGGCCGACGUUUCUGUGAGAGAGAAACAAGUAAAAAUUGUGCUGCUGUCCGCACUACUUCUGAAGACAAGUAAUCCAACUAUUCAGAAGGGAGCAAAAGCUGAAGGAGAGGAAAAACAAUCAGAUGAACCAGCUGAAGGAGGACAACCGCCACCGGCUGCACCGGCUGAACCAUCGCCAGCAGCACCACCACCUCCAGCACCCAAGGCUCCGGCUGUGGGAGGAAUUGCUGAGUUAUGCUUUGCAGGUACUCAUGAUCCGAACUACCAAACAUUGGCCGGCGUAGGAGGUGAUGUUUUCGAAAAAGACAAGAAACCUGCUCCUGAGAAGCCUAAGGCACCUGAUGUAGGAGGCGUCGCUGGCACCCAUGAUCCUAACUAUCAAACGCUUGCUGGCAUUGGUGGAGAAGUUUUUGGAGCAGACAAGAAAAAAGGAGAGGACAAACCAGCAGCCCCAGCAGGCCCAAAACCAGGUGCUGGUGGUGUGGCAGGCACUCACGAUCCCAACUAUCAGACAUUGGCUGGUAUUGGUGGAGACGUUUUUGGCGCAGACAAGAAAAAAGCAGAGGACAAGCCAGCAGCCCCAGCAGGCCCAAAACCAGGUGCUGGUGGCGUGGCAGGCACUCACGAUCCCAACUAUCAGACAUUGGCUGGUAUUGGUGGAGACGUUUUUGGCGCAGACAAGAAAAAAGCAGAGGACAAGCCAGCAGCCCCAGCAGGCCCAAAACCAGGUGCUGGUGGCGUGGCAGGCACUCACGAUCCCAACUAUCAAACACUGGCCGGUAUUGGUGGCGACGUCUUCGGAGCAGACAAAAAAGAGGCUGGUGGUGGUGGUGGAGGAGACAAAAAACCACAAGCGCCUGCUGUCCAGGGAGCAAAGGCCGCUACGCACGAUCCAAACUACCAGACGUUGGCGGGAAUCGGAGGCGAUGUGUUCGGAGCCGAUAAGAAGGCUGCUGGUGGAGGUGGAGGCGACAAGAAACCGCAAGCACCGGUUAACCAGGGAGCAAAGGCCGCUACGCACGAUCCGAAUUAUCAGACGUUGGCUGGAAUCGGAGGAGAUGUGUUUGGAGCCGACAAGAAGAAUGGCGGUGGUGGUGGAGGAGACAAGAAACCACAAGCGCCGGCCAACCAAGCUGCGAAAGCUGGCACGUUCGACCCCAAUUAUCAAACGCUGGCUGGAGUUGGAGGUGAUGUGUUUGGCGCGGAUAAAAAAGCAAAAGGACCUGAGGCUCCUAAAGCUCCUGCUAAUCAGCAAGCGAAAGCAGGAACCUUUGAUCCGAAUUAUCAAACACUGGCGGGCAUUGGAGGCAACGAGGUGUUUGGCGCCGAUAAGAAAAAGAAAUGA